AUAGUCAAUAGAAAAUUUUUAAAUUAUAAAGAUUUUUUUGCUAAUUUCGCUCGAAAUCACGAAGAGACUUUAAGAUGGCGCAAAAUUUCUUGUACAUGUUCGAAUUCGUGGUCGAUGAUUUGCUGGUGACACGACCAAAUUAUUGCGCUCCUGAAGAAUAUCCCACCUGCUGUGAAGUUUCAUUUCGUAAUAGUGUUUUUGUCUCGAUAUGCGAUCGGGAAUAUGGUCACUGCGUUGAUCCCAGUGCAACGAAAUGUGGCAAAUGUUGUCUCUUCUCACUGGAAAGUCCCAUACAAGAUGCCGACCGUUUAAUGUUCCAUGUGUACAAAAAGAAAACGGACAAAUGUAAAUUCCUUAUCGGUUGCAGCGAUAUGCCGAUACGUGGCCUUUUCGAUAAGGUAAUGGAGAGUUUUGAAAUAGAAAAUCCGAAUUGGGAAGAUGGUUUGCGGAAACACCUGCAAACAAUGCCGCAUGCUGGUGUGCCACCAAAAUGCCCGGCCAUUGUGGACAAUGAUUGCAACGAAGACAGUAUGGGGAGAAGGGAACAACUGUGUCCCACCUCGGAGUUAACCAAACGUCUGCUGCCUUUGUUCAAUUUGAAUGGUUGUCAGACGGGAAAUAUUGUAAUGAUCAUACGUCUGGUGGCCAAUGGUCCGGCAAUAGUCUCCUCUUUCCCCUUUUCGAAAAUUUGCAAUUCAGGAUGUAACAAAAGCUGUAAUAAGGAAGGUGGUAAUUCCGGCCGUUGUGGUGGUGGUGGAGCUACGGACGGUAGUAGCUACCCAGAAACUUCUCGUUAUGAGGGUGGUGAUGAUACCAAUGAGUUGGAAGAGACUGAUAGGGCUUGUGCCAAACCAAGUAGGAGACGUCAAAGUCAACCCUGUAAUGGUUGUCCAGCUUUGGAUGAUCCUUGUUUCACUCCCGAGAAGAAGCAAAUUUGUCAACGUUAUUUUGCCUGUAACACCGACAAAGGAUGUCCAUGCGAUGAGGUGGAAGAUGAAUGUGCCAGAGCUCCCAUAUGUAAGGAACAAAAAUGUCAUCUUCAAAAUUGUAGUGGAUCGUGUGGACCUUCAAAGAGGCCUAAAGAAUCAAUGGCCAAUAGAGGUGGUUGUAAUAGUCCUUCAAAAGGCGAUGAUUGUUCCUGCGACGAAUGUGCGAAUGCCUGUGAAGCAGGUGAUGCCGCUGCUAAAGAUCCCUGCGAUCCCUGCAACGUUUGCAUGCCACCAUGUUUUGUGACACCACGAAAACCGGAACCAGGACCAGAUGCCUAUGAUGAGUUUGAGGCAUGUCUCAAUGGCAGUGGUUUGGUAAUACGUGUCCUCAAAGAUACCCAUUGUGUUGAGAAUAUUUGCGAUGGCACCGAAAAUUUUCAAGAUGACCAUUCAAGUGAUGAUUGUGAAAAGCCCAAAGCUUCUUGUGAUGUGGAUAAACUGCUGGAACACAGCUCAUUUGCUCGCAAUCAUAUUAAACGUCGCACCGGCGGCCACAUCAUCAAUCAUCCGAAAUUACCAAAAAUACGUGCCAACAUCAAGUACUCGGGCAAUGAUGAAUGCUGUCCGGGCGAGAGCUAUCAUGUGCCAUAUUCGAAAAUAAAACAAUUCUGCAAUGAUCAACAGAAUAAAAUUGAAAGUUAUCGUAGCCGUCGCAGUCGUGGUGGCGGCGGAGAUUGUGGCACCAUAUGCCCUCCUUUGCAUCCGAAUGAUAAUAAAAACUGCUGUGUCCAAGUGGAUCGUGAUGAUAUACGAAAUGCCAUGAAGGGCAUCGAUUAUGAUAUGCGUAAAAAGGGUAUUGAGGUUUGCUACAAGACCUGCGAUGAAACAGACACUGACGUCUUUUUGGUGAAGUUGGGUAGCAAACAGAAAUGCCAACACAAACGGAAUAACAUCGAAAUUGAAUUGAAGACACCGAAACAGCCAAUUGUAUUGCCAGUUCGACGCGUGACGACAGAGACCCAAAUCGAUGAGGUUGAAUUGGAUGCAGCCUUGUCGGGCAUAUGUAAGGGCAAGAAAAAGGGAAAGAAAGGCAAGGGCAAGAAAUGAAAGAAAUAUGGGAAUUUAUUUAAUUAAAAUCAAGUGUAACCUAGAAGAUAGAAAUAUUAUUUUUUUUUUUACAUUUUUAUUAGAUUCUGCAACUCUAAAAAAAUAAUAAAAUUGUGAAAUUUAAAAAUUGAUUUUUUUACUUAAAAAAACACCGAAUAUAAAAAGGUACAAUUACUUAUUUAGUUACAGAUAUAUGU